UCCCCCACUCCGCUCCUGCGGCCGGCCAUGGAUAUGCAUGGAUGAUUGCAAUUGCUUGUCUCAGAGAAACACAGAUCCCCUCCUCACCCGCACAACACCAUCGGAUUCCCUCCUCAUCCAUUUGGAAAUUUCAACACAAUUUCGGUGGAAUUAAUUAUGCUGCUGCUACUGAUAAUCGUUGCCUUUGUGUCUGAUGCAGAACUUAGAAAGAGUGACUCGGCGGCCGACAACUCUCAACUGAAGAUGGAGAUCUUUGUCAAGAUCCAGUCUACAAAUCUUCGCAUAAAAAGAAAGAUUCACUGUUUAAAGACAGUCAUUCUUGAGGUCAAGGGAUCAGAUACAAUCUGGGAUGUCAAGGAUAAGAUUCGAGACAAGGAGGGCAUCCCUGUAGGCCAGCAGAGACUCAUAUUUGGCAGUAAGCUGCUGGUGGGCAGCUGCACCCUGGAGGACUACAGCAUCGUGGAGGAGUCCGCCCUCACCCUUGAUCUUGUGCAUAUCUUUGUCAGGCCACUGACUGACAGGAUCAUGACUAUUGAUGUUGACAGAGAGGAUACCAUAAGCAGUGUGAAGGCAAUGAUUUUCGAGAAAAACGGCAUUCCCCCCCGCAGACAGCGUCUCUGCUUUGCAGGGAAGCAGCUGGAGGAUGGCCUCACCUUGGCUGACUACGACGUGUACAAUGAAUCUACCCUUUUUCUUGUGGUGCGCCUCCACAAGUGUGAGGGAGGUCGGAUGCACAUCAACAUCAUGGUCAAGACACUGAAUGACAAGAUCAUUACUACUGAGGUUGAGUAAAUUAACUUAGUUGUGAAAUCAUUCACACCCUUUUAAUCUGCGGUGGUUAGUUUCCCGGGACUGUAAACAAUUGCUCCGAAA